AUGGAGGAGACCAACACAACAGACUUCUCUCUGAACUACAUGACUUCUGGAUAUGCAGACUCUCAGGCAGUUAAUGAAUCUCGGUGCAUACUAGAAGAUUAUAGUAUGUUGACAAUUUCAGGUGUCUUUAUUGGUAUUUGUCUGUGUGGACUUGUGGGGAAUGGGAUAGUCAUGUGGUUCCUGGGCUUCCACAUGAAGAAGAGCCCCUUCACUGUCUAUGUCCUGAACCUGGCCAUCGCUGACUUCUCUCUGCUCCUUUUCCUUCUUGUUAAUCUUACAUUAUACGUUAUUUCAACAGUCUAUUGUAUUUUGUCAUUUCAGUAUCGUAUGACCAAUUAUAUUCUGAUGGUUCUGUUCCUGUUUUCGUAUUUUGCCAGCAUGUAUCUCCUGACAGCAAUGAGCAUGGAGAGGUGCCUGUCUGUUUUGUUCUCAGUCUGGUACCGAUGUCGCCGCCCAAAGCACUUGUCAGGCAUCAUGUGUGGGGUGCUCUGGGCUCUCGCUGGACUUUUUGUUUCUUUGGCUUUGGUUAGUUGUUAUUUCAAUAUAAACUGCAAACAGCUAUUACAAGGUAUAAGCAUUGUGAAUUUUCUCAUUUUCUCUUUGCUGCCACUCCUUUCCAACCUUUCCCUGUUCAUCAAACUCCGAUGCGGCUCACAGAGACGACAGCCAGGGAAACUCUAUGUUGCUAUCCUGCUCAGUGUGAUCUUCCUGUUAAUCUUUGGGUUUCCUCUCACUGUGGCGAUUUUUCUUGGUCAUAUUGGUAUACGCCUAUUUAUACUUCAAAUGUCUUACCUGCUGGCAUCGCUGAACAGCAGCGUCAACCCAUUCAUUUAUUUCCUGGUGGGGAGUUGCCGGCGGUGCCGGUUCCAAGUCUCUGGUAAAGUCGCCCUCCGACGAGUGUUCGAAGAGAAAGCGAUGAGUGAGGAGGAGAGCCGCGUGCCUGGGGACACUGUGGUGGAGACCACUCUGUAA